CCGUUGCCGACGAGUCGACAGGAACAGCGGUGUUGAUACCCCCACAGUCCCCAACCCCAUCUGCACCCCCGGCUGUCAUCUUCUUCCCCGCCCCCGCCCUCGCCCCAGCAACCGCUCGCCCUCGCCGCGGCGCCACCCAUCGCACAGUGGCCGUGUGCGGUGGGGUGGUUCUGCGAGGCUAUGGCGAUGGCGAGGAGGCAGCACGUCACCAUAUUCACCACGGCGAGCCUGCCGUGGAUGACCGGCACUGCUGUCAACCCCCUGUUCCGGGCGGCUUACCUCGCCAAGGCCGGGGACUGGGAGGUCACGCUGGUGGUGCCGUGGCUGUCCAAGGGGGAUCAGAUGCUGGUUUACCCUAACAACAUGAAAUUCAGUGGGCCGGCGGAGCAAGAAGGCUAUGUGCGGCGGUGGCUUGAGGAGCGGACUGGGCAGUUGCCGAGAUUCAACAUAAACUUCUAUCCUGGGAAGUUCUCGACGGAGAAAAGAAGCAUUCUACCUGUUGGGGAUAUUACCGAGACGAUAUCUGAUGAAAAAGCAGAUAUUGCAGUUCUAGAAGAGCCAGAACAUCUGACCUGGUACCAUCAUGGACGGAGGUGGAAAAACAAAUUCCGUAAAGUUAUAGGUGUUGUUCACACCAACUAUCUGGAAUACGUGAAGAGGGAGAAAAAUGGGUAUAUUCAGGCAUUUCUCUUAAAACAUAUCAAUUCUUGGGUCACCGACAUCUACUGCCAUAAGGUUAUAAGAUUAUCGGGAGCAACUCAGGAAGUCCCGAGAUCUGUAAUCUGUAAUGUUCAUGGAGUAAACCCAAAAUUUAUUGAAAUUGGCAAAUUGAAGCAUCGGCAAAUAUCUCAAAGAGAGCAAUCAUUCUUCAAGGGUGCAUAUUAUAUUGGGAAGAUGGUCUGGAGUAAAGGCUACACAGAGCUGCUCCACCUGCUUCAGAAGCACCAAAAGGAACUGUCUGGUCUCAAGAUGGAGCUCUAUGGCAGUGGAGAAGAUUCGGGUGAAGUUAAAGCAUCAGCUGAAAAACUCAAUCUGGACGUUAGAGUCUAUCCUGGGCGCGACCAUGCAGAUUCAAUAUUUCACGACUACAAGGUUUUCAUAAACCCAAGCACAACAGAUGUAGUUUGCACCACAACUGCAGAAGCCUUGGCGAUGGGAAAGAUUGUGAUCUGCGCAAAUCAUCCUUCAAAUGAAUUUUUCAAAAGAUUUCCCAACUGCCACAUGUACAGCACGGAGAAAGAGUUUGUGAGACUAACCAUGAAAGCACUGUCAGAAGAACCAAUCCCACUGACAGAGGAACUGAGGCACGAGCUUUCCUGGGAGGCAGCGACAGAGAGGUUUGUCAGGGUUGCCGAAAUCGCACCAGCCACGCCCGCCAAGCAAACUCCUUCCACUUCACAGCGUUUCAUGUACAUCAACCCGGAUGAGCUGAAGAAGAACAUGGAAGAGGCAUCUGCAUUUUUUCACAACACCAUCUCCGGGUUUGAAGCUGCCCGCUGUGUGUUUGGCGCCAUACCGAACAGUCUGCAGCCCGAUGAACAGCAGUGCAAGGAGCUCGGGUGGAGACCCCAGGGAUUAUAGCCUUUCCACCUCCAUGCCGUUGCCGUUGAUCAUGCAAGUUUACAACUAAUUGCAGUCCAGUUUGGGGGGGGGGGGGGGGGGGGGGGGGG